AGGCGGGAAAUUCAAUUGGAAAUGGGAUUAUUGACUAUUCUAAGAAAGAGUAAACGCAAGGAAAGAGAACUUCGUAUUCUUCUUCUAGGAUUAGAUGCUUCAGGCAAAACUACGGUAGCUAAAAGAUUGUUACGUCAAGAUGUUACGGACGUUGGACCCACCUUUGGGUUUGAUAUACAUACAGUAGAAUAUCAAGAUUACAAAAUUCAUAUAUGGGAUAUAGGAGGUCAAGAGUCUUUACGUUCAUACUGGAAAAACUACUUUGAAUCAACGGAUGGUAUUAUAUGGGUUGUAGAUAUUGCUGAUAGCACACGUCUUUCCGAUUGUAUAGUAGAGCUGCAUAAGACUUUGCAAGACGAGAGACUUGUUGGUGCACCUUUGUUACUUUUGGCCAAUAAGUUGGACAGGAAUCCUGAAAUAGUGAAAGAGAAACUAGUGGAAGCCUUCAAGUUGGAAACAACACUUUGUGAUCGACCUUGGAAUAUUUAUUUGUGCAGUGCUCUAUACAAUACUGGAGUUGUACAAGGUUUCUCAUGGCUCAUUGAUGAUAUAGCAGAGAAGAACUUUCUAUAUGGAUGAGUCUUGCGUGAUAAAGCAUGUAAGGAAGAAAUGGUCUUCAAUAUAUAUAUAUAUAUAAUACUUUGUAGCACGAAUAACCAUUUUUAUUGAUUUCAUUUGAAUCUUUUCUAUACAAAUAAACAGAUAGUAUUCAAU